AUGCUGCGCUCUGACGCAGCUCGAGAAGCGACCGUCAAGGUCGAGUUGGCAAAGUUUGGGCGUGGCUACAACGAUGAAGGAAAGGGUUGGGACCUGAUCAGAAUGCCCUUCGGUGAGCGCGCUCGCGCACACCCCACCCCUGACUCGCUGCUGCAGUGAAGCUCAUCGAGCUCGAUUGCUCACUCUUUCACUUUGACGCUCAUGCCUAUGCGCAGGCACCUUCAUCGAGUCCUUCAUAUGUCAAAGUCUGCCUUGGUCUUCAACUACGGAGCGGCUUGUGGGUUACGUAGCUCAGCAACCUCUGGCAGAUCUUGUGGGUUUGAGCUUAAGACUUUGGUCCUUUGCAUACUUCACAGUCCUGACAGCGCGCUGCGUCUGCUCUUCGCAGGGUCAAGAGCUAGACGCCGAUUGCCCUUCCUUGCCUCAUGUCAAACAAGGUGCCAAAGGUGGCGGGGAAGAUUGGGGCAGAAACAUUUGGGUCGGAGGGGCGGGUGAGUACGUGUGUGUGUGGAAGUGUGUGUGGGUGUGUGUGUCUGAGGUGGCGCGUUGGGAAGCGUACGCGUGGACGGAUGCUGAGAAGCGCAUUCUAUCCAAGGCACCUUUACGCCCAUACAUCGCGAUCCAUACCACAAUCUCUUUGUGCAAGGUGCGUUCAGCAGAGCAAAGUUCAAAUCGGUUGCGUAGCGUGACGUCGCACACCCCUUGCUGCCCCAUUGACAGUCGUUGGACACAAGCGCAUACACUUCUUCCCACCGGAAGCUGCGGACUUGCUCCACCUGAACCGCACAGGCACGCAGACCAACACGAGUAGGGUGGCGAGCGAAGCGGCCCUUCUGAAUGGAAUUCCUAAAGAUUGCACCGAGACCGAUUCGCUCUCACUAGCUCAAGCCAUCCACAAGCACGCCUUGAAGGCUGCUCACGUCGUCCUCGAGCCAGGCGAUGCUCUGUACAUACCACAGGGGUGGUUUCACUGCGUGGCCUCGCUCAGCACGAGUGCUAGUGUGAAUUCAUGGUUCAGAUGA